AAAAAAAAACAUUUCUUCUUGUUUUUCCUCCUCUCUUAUACAAUGACAAGGAAGAAGGUCAAGCUAGCCUUCAUCGCCAAUGACUCGGCUCGAAAGGCAACCUACAAGAAGAGAAAGCGAGGCCUAUUGAAGAAGAUGGACGAGUUGACCACCCUAUGUGAUGUCAAGGCUUGUGCCAUUCUCUAUAGCCCGUAUGAGACCCGACCAGUGGUGUGGCCCGCACCAUCCGGUGCCAAAGACGUGAUCGCGAGCUUCAAGAGGCUGCCGGAGAUGGAGAAGGUGAAGAAGAUGGUUAGCCAAGAGGAGUUCCUUAGGCAAAGGGUGGCCAAGGCACAUGAACAACUUAAGAAGCAACAAAAGGAUAAUAGAGAAAAAGACAUGACUCAUGUUAUGUACCAAUGUUUGGCUGGUAAGAGCAUACAAAAUAUGAGUUUAUUAGACCUAAGUGAUCUUACUUGGGUGAUUAAUCAACAUUUAGGUGAUAUUAACAAGAGGGUUGAUGUUUUAAAAAAAGAAAAUAUCCGCCCUAAUAAAAACAAUAAUAACAACAUUAUUAUUCACAAUAAGAGUAAUGCUAAUAAUAAUACUCACUUGGGGUAG